CUGUGGGAAGGCGCUAUCGUUGCAGUAUGGCGGACGAUGGGGACGGUAGCAGCAAAGCGGCGGACACUAGCGGCGACCAGGGCACGACGGAGGAACAGGAUCUGGGAGCCGGUCUCGGUAUAGGCGGCAUGUUACUCAAUCUCUGCGUUCUGUUGUUAGUACUCGCCGCGUGUUACGUGAUUUACGCGCGGUGGUGGAGGAGGGCGGGAGCGGAAUCGGGCCGGAGCAGCGAGGCCUCGCAGCUGCCCAAGAUGAGAAGGCGCGACUUUACCCUGCAGCAGCUGGGCGAGUACGACGGCGUGCAGAACCCGCGGAUACUCAUGGCAGUGAACACCAAGGUCUUCGACGUGACCAGCGGCAAAAAGUUUUAUGGACGUGAGGGUCCCUACGGAAUCUUUGCGGGCCGUGAUGCUUCCCGGGGUCUGGCCACAUUCUGUUUGGAAAAAGACGCGUUACCGGAUGAGUACGAUGAUCUCUCAGACCUGAACGCAGUGCAGAUGGAAAGCGUUCGGGAAUGGGAGAUGCAGUUCAUGGAGAAAUACGACUACGUUGGACGCUUGUUAAAGCCGGGAGACGAGCCGUCAGAGUAUACAGAUGAGGAAGACUUGAAAGAUCAUCAAAAAGCCGAAUAAUAUGCUGAAUCAUCACAGCAGCUAAAGCCCAGGACUGAGAAGGCCACCGUCAGAAUUGUGAUACCCCCAGCAGAAAUACCCCUCAGAAUCUGCCUGGCUUCACACCAAUCUUACAGUGUCCCCAGUACUGUAUGACCAACCCUAAAAACAAAAUUCCUGUUUGAUCUUGCUUCUCCUUAAACCAGCUCCUGUGUCCAGCACCACCUCAACAACACUCAAAUAAAAACGCACUAACAUACUCUAUUCCAUUAGUUCUACACUCUAAAUGGUCAGCCAUGCAGUAAAAACCCUAAAGCCUCCGUCACAUACUCUACACCCUGAACUCUGAUAUAUACCCAGCAUCCAUCAGAAAGUAAAAUUGACUUCUUUUUCUCAAACCAUGAACAUUUAUGUGUUCAGGUUAAGAGUGAAAGUGAGAGAUUAAUAAAAUUAGGAAGAAGGAAACGCUGAAUACACAUUUAUUUUUAUUCACAGUUUUUCUUUUAUUUGGGGGCAUCACUGUAUAAGGUUGAGGAUUGUAUGUUUUUGUCAGACAUAGAGGGGCAGAAUCUGGGAGUUCGGUACACAGCAGGUUUAAAAUCGCAAUGGGGUCUCUCUUUGUUGCUUUUUAUUUUGCAAGUUGUUUGUGUAAUGUAUACCACGACACACAUUUUGAGCAUUUAAAUGUCAUGCCUGAAACUUUCUCAUUGUAAAUGUUAAGUGGAAAUGGUAACAAUUCCAAAAAUUAAAUGUGACCGCAAUGAGCCAAUCCAAAGCUGGGGGGCCGGGAUAGAUGGGUGCUAUUUUAGCAAUGUUUUGUAUUGUGUGCACCCCUAGUGUGUAGCGAUUCUCGACAUGUUGUUUAAAAGUGAUUUGGGAUGAGUAAGGUUUGGGGUGGGUGGAUUUGGUAGUGUUAUUUUAUAUGAAUCCGAAUGGCUGGUUGGGAUGAAAAGGGAAGAUGGCUUCUGCAGUUUGAAUGGAUCGAGUCUUUGGUCAACAGAACUCUCCCUUCCUCUAUUAACAAAGCAGUCAGUGUAGUUAUUGUGCCUUAUUUCCGUUAAAUUCUACUACAGGACGGUCCAGAAUAGUCAAUAGGUGGGGAAAAUAAAGACAAAAUUAAAUCAGAGGGAGAACAUGCACAGAUUCAUGCAGAAUACGUGUUCAGCUCUGCCCUUUCCAUAUUUCCAAAUUACGGGAGGAUUUCCCAUUCCCAUCUUUUCACUGUUCAGAAGACAGAUUCAUGAUCUUGUCUGUGAGCGAACCAGACACAAGGGGCUUGACCGCUGUUAUUGUGACCUUGUACAUAGACUUUGAGCUAUUUCAGUGUUACUGCCAUAUCUGCGCUGUUAUUAAACUCCACGCACUGCUGUGCUGUUCUGGCCAAAAGAUCCAUUGCUCUUGCUCCUGUGUCCAUCUCGGUUUCCCCUCUUUUUUUCCCCUCUGUUGAAUUUAUUUUUAAUGUGGGUCAUUUUUCAAAGCCACCUUUAAGUGUUGUUUUUUUUCUGAAGAGGGGGAACAAUAUUCUAAUAUUCUGUCUUUGCUGGGGGAGGGGGAUGAGGCAAAAUCCAAACAAGUUGUGGAUUCUGUAAAUAUGUGUAUCAUUUUAUUAAAGCAUGUGCAGCAAACAGUGAGGUUAUGAUAGCUCUCACGUCAUGUAUUUAAAUGUGGAGUUUGCAAGGGUGGGUGUGUGUGUGUCUGUGUGUGUGUGUGAGAGAGAGCUCAGGAGAGAAGGAUUUGUGUUGUUGCAGAAAUAAAAUAUUCAUUUGUUAAUAA